ACUUUGGUGGGAAAGCCGAGUUUUCCGCCAUUGUGGGUAGGGAUGGCCCAGCCCCUGGGAGAAGCAGUCGCGGGCGGUACCACGGGGCUCACCGGGCGCCCAGAGAGCCCGGGGGCCUGGGGCUCUCCCGCCGCCGGCCCGAGCCAGCCGGGCGCAGGCCUCACCGCGCCGGGCCGGGGCCUCUGUGACGUGGCGUUGCCGACCGUAGGCCCUGGCAGAGCCCGCAGUCUGAGCGGCCCGGCGACAGGAGGCGGCGACGCCGGCGGCGGCAUGAGCUUCUACCAGCUACCGGUGGUGAUCGACAACGGCUCGGGAGUGAUCAAAGCGGGCCUGGCGGGGAGCCGGGAGCCCCAGUCUGUCUACCCGAACAUUAUGGGCCGCGCCAAGGGCCAAGGCUGGGCGGCCGAAGGCGAGCACGAGCUGUACGUGGGCGAGCAGGCGCAGGCCAGGAGAAGCGCGCUGUCCGUCAGCUACCCAGUGGAGCGUGGUCUCAUUACUUCCUGGGGGGACAUGGAGAUCAUGUGGAAGUAUAUCUAUGACUAUAACCUGAAGCUAAAGGCGUGUGAUGGCCCAGUCUUGAUUACCGAGCCAGCACUGAACCCACUGGCCAACCGGCAACGGAUCACUGAAGUGUUUUUUGAGCAUCUGGGUGUUCCUGCCUUCUAUAUGUCCAUCCAGGCUGUGCUGGCUCUCUUUUCUGCAGGCUUCACUACUGGCCUUGUGUUGAAUUCGGGUGCUGGUGUUACCCAGUGUGUGCCAAUCUUUGAGGGUUACUGUCUGCCUCAUAGUGUCCAGCAACUAGAUCUGGCAGGCCUUGACCUCACCAGCUAUCUCACCAUACUCCUGAAGAACCAUGGUAUCAUGCUGCUUACUGCUGCAGACAGAAAGACUGUUGCAGAAAUUAAGGAGACCUCUUGUUAUGUGGCAAUGAACUAUGAAGAGGAAAUGGCCAAGAAACCUGACUUGAUAGAGAAAAUUUACAGACUACCUGAUGGGAAGAUUUUCAAGCUCCAUGACGAACUCUUUUGUUGUCCAGAAGCCCUCUUCUCUCCCUGUCUCAUGAGCCUUGAGGCCCCUGGCAUUGAUAAGAUGUGCUUCAGCAGCAUAAUGAAAUGUGAUACGGAUCUGAGGAAUUCCUUCUUCUCCAAUAUUCUUCUUGCUGGGGGAUCAACCUGUUUCCCUGGUUUUGACAAGCGGCUAGUUAAGGAUAUAGCAAAGGUGGCUCCUGCCAACACCCCAGUGCAGGUUACAGCUCCCCCAGAAAGGAAAAUGUCAGUGUGGAUGGGAGGUUCUAUUCUUGCAUCCCUGUCUGCUUUCCAGGACAUGUGGAUCACUGCUGCAGAAUUUAAAGAAGUUGGACCCAACAUAGUACACCAAAGAUGCUUCUGAAAUACAAACGAAAUUGUUAGAAGAACAUGUUUUGCAUGUAUGUGACAGAAAACUUUGGAUAUUAUGUUUCUGGGAGAACAGAAAAUACUUCAAUUAUUGGGAUGUGCAUGUCUCUGUUGCUUUUGUAUAAUGGGGGGGAUAAUAAUGGUGAAGCAGUCAAACAACAGAUGUUUAUUGAGCAGAACCAAGUU